UGGAGCCCUUUGUCGGAGUUUCAUACAACUUCAGUUACCACGACGUAGUCUGGUUCAGGAAGUUGAGUGCAGAAACUUCCUUCCAUUUUAAACACAUCCUUCAAAGAGCUUCUCGUUGUGACUGAUCAUCAAAUCAUCAUGAACGCAACAGGACCACAGAUGGCUUACUACGGGGCUUCCAUCCCCAGCGUGGGUUACCCCGAUGGGAUGACGGUGGUGGACUUCGUGCCCGAUAACCUGAAGCCCCUGGUCAACGAGCACUGGUACAACUACCCCCCAGUCAACCCCAUGUGGCACUACCUCCUUGGGGUUGUCUAUUUCUUCCUGGGCGCCAUCUCCAUCUUCGGCAAUGGCAUGGUUAUCUACCUUUAUUUCAAUGCCAAGAACCUGAAGACUCCCUCCAACAUGCUGGUAGUGAACCUUGCUCUCUCCGAUCUGAUCAUGUUGACCACCAACUUCCCAUUCUUCUGCUACAACUGCUUCUCCGGUGGCAUGUGGAUGUUCAGCGCUAGCUACUGCACCAUCUACGCUGCCCUCGGUGCUGUUACUGGCGUGUGCAGCAUCUGGUCUCUGUGCAUGAUCUCCUACGACAGGUUCAAUGUCAUCUGCAACGGUUUCAAUGGCCCCAAGCUCACCCAGAGCAAAGCCACUGCUAUGUGCCUGUUCUGCUGGGCCAUGUCCAUCGGCUGGUGCCUUCCCCCCUUCUUCGGCUGGGGCGGUUACAGCCUGGAGGGCAUCAUGACCUCCUGCAGCUUCGACUACCUGACCCAGGACCUGAACACCAUCACCUACAACAUGUGCAUCUUCUUCUUUGACUUCCUGUUCCCCGCCAUCGUCAUCGUCUUCUCCUACGUCUUCAUCGUGAAGGCCAUCUUCGCUCACGAGAAGGCUAUGCGCGAGCAGGCCAAGAAGAUGAACGUGACCAACCUCCGCUCCAACGAGGCUGAGGCCCAGCGUGCUGAGCUCCGCAUUGCCAAGACCGCCAUCGCCAACGUGUCCCUGUGGUUCAUCUGCUGGACUCCCUAUGCUGCCAUCACCGUCCAGGGUGUGCUGGGUAACAGUGUCGGAAUCACCCCUCUGAUCAGCACUCUGCCCGCUCUCCUGGCCAAGUCCUGCUCUUGCUACAACCCCUUCGUGUACGCCAUCAGCCACCCCAAGUUCCGCCAGGCCAUCACUGUCCACAUGCCCUGGUUCUGCGUGCACGAGGUUGAAAAGAAGUAUGAUGAUAACCAGUCUAACGCCACCACCACCAACAACGAGAAGGCGUGAAGGACCCCUGCUGAAGACUGCAAGGCCUAGGAGGUGAGAGCCUCAUUGGGUCUGCGUCUACUUCAGGACACCCACCCAUCUGAUCACGACCAUUCAACUGACCUUUCUCCAAGAUGAGUACGUCUCAUAGAUUCCCUUGUAAGUGUUAGAGGCCUCGACUAUAAAAAAUCUAAAAAAAAUAUAUAAAAUGUAUAAUUCAUAACCUCUGUAAAUUUCGAAAUUUUCACAUGCAAGGGACAACAAUACUGGAAUGAUUUGGCAAGAACCCUGAAGUCAUUAAAUUAAACUUUGAAAUUGGA